UUUAUUGGUUAAAAGCAUUUACAAUUUAACAGUCAUGAAAAAAGCUUAUAACAAUUACACAGCAAACUAGUAUUUACAUAAUUAUUCCUUCUAAUACAUUUAUAGAGUAUGAGUUCACGAAAACCGAUUGAUGAAGAUUAUAUUGACAUUGACGACACAUAUGAUGGAAAUCACGAUGAUGAUGCUGGAAAUGGAGGUUAUGCCUGGGAAGAAGAAUAUAAGAGAAGUUGGGAUAUAUUACAAGAAGAUGCAGAAGGUCGUCUAAGUAGUGUAGUUUCCCAAUUACAACAACAAAGAAAACGACGAAGACUAUUAAAAGAUACUGCUGUUGUUCAGCGUGGAAUUAUUCGACAUUUAUUUCUUAUUAUAGAUCUUUCAGAGGCGAUGAAUGAAAAAGAUUUGAGGCCAAGUCGCGUUGAACUAACUUUAACAUAUGCACAACAAUUUGUUAGUGAAUAUUUCGAUCAAAACCCUAUAUCACAACUUGGAAUUAUUAUUACUCGAGAUGGUAUUGCAGAAAAGUUGACAGAACUGAGUGGAAAUCCUACAGACCAUAUAAAAGCAUUAAAGACAAAAAAAAAUACUGAAACUAGUGGUGAGCCUUCUUUACAGAAUGCGCUACAACUAGCAAGAGCAAGUAUGAUGAGUGUACCUAGUCAUGGCUCAAAAGAAGUAUUAUUAGUAUUUGCCUCGUUGACAACGUGUGAUCCAACAAAUAUAUAUGACACGAUCGAACUAUUGAAGAAAGAUUUAGUAAGAGUAAAUAUUGUAGGAUUAGCUGCCGAAGUACAGAUAUGUCGAGUAUUGAGUGAAGAAACAAAAGGUUCAUACGGUGUUGUGUUAAAUGAAGCGCAUUAUAAAGAUUUAUUAUUCGAAGUAGUUCCGCCACCAGCUGUCUUACCUAAUAAAAAUGCAUCUAAUCUCGUUACAAUGGGAUUUCCCAAAAGAUUAGUAGAAGAUCACUCUACAUUUUGUGUUUGUCAUUCAAAAUUAACAGUAGGAGGAUACAUAUGUCCAAGAUGUAAAUCAAAAGUUUGUGAAUUACCAAGCGAUUGUGAUAUAUGUGGGCUAACGCUAGUAUCGUCGCCUCAUUUAGCUCGCUCAUAUCAUCAUUUGUUUCCUGUAGAUAAUUUUGAUGAAGCCAAAAAUACUAGUGGAAGUGCAACACACUGUUUUUCUUGCUUAUCUAAAUUUGAUAACUUAGACAUAUCCAAUGCAAAAUUUAUAUGUCCAAAAUGUUCUCAGGAAUUUUGUGCAGAUUGUGAUAUUUUUGUUCAUGAAGUAUUACAUAACUGUCCUGGUUGUUGGAGCGUUGGCAAAAAGAAUCUUACUUCAAAAAAUUAACAUUAAAGAUUUUCUUGUGAAGACAUAUCUAAGACAUUACAAAGAAUAUAUGACAAGUCUACAAACUUGUAAAAUGAAGAAAAUCAUUAUCUAUUGUUAAUUUAAACGAUUUAUA